AACAACAUAAAUAAAUAAAUAAAUACAUACAUAAAAUAAAGGGCCUUUGGGGGGGGGGCUUGGUUGGGUUCAUUUUAUUCAUUAUCAGUAAUUGCCAGUUUGAUUAAUUACCUUUCAAUUUUGUGAUGGGACAUUUUCUUGGAUUUCGGAUGCUGUGGUUUCUGCUGAUUGCUCUUGGGAUAGAAGCCCAAAAGCAUUCCAUUCCACGUGGACCCAAUGUGGAGUGCCUUGGCGGCCUGUUGCGGUUGUCGUCCAAUGAAUCUUGGUCCUGGGGACAUCAGUUGGAGAUUGACGCUGUUGAUGGUGCUACCUUUUUACCCAUAACUAUGGAACUGGCUUCGCAAUGUGGAUUCCGAAAGAAAAUUGACCAUUGGGGCAAUACCAAGCUGUUUGCUUCAGUCCUGAACUGCUUUGUUGACAGCACUGAUGAUGAGUCCUUUGCUCUCACCGUACGACUUAGACCAUCUGGAAGCCCUGCAUUUGAAGUUUCCAAAACCUGCCAGUACAGUGCAUGGGCUUCUCGUGAGAUCAUUUGCAAUGAAAAUUAUAUGGAGGUUUCUGUAAGGAGACGGGUCCCGACUCUUGAAGAUUUUGACCUAACUGAGCAUGAGGGGGUUGAUGAUGAUGAUGGAGAUCAGGCAAGCUCUCCACUUAAACUCUGGAAAGUGCAGUUUCUUACUGGAGCGUCUAGGACCAUGACCUUAGAGGAGGCCCACAAUGCAGGUUUUGGCCUGUCUGUUUCCCGCACACGAGCAGUUCUGAGAAGCCCUUUCGAUAAACCUGAGAUCGUUAUGAUGAAUGUGUCUGGAAUUCCCAUGCAAGUGAUUAAAGCCUCUACAUACUUGAAGCGCAAAUGGAUGGUGAAGCUGCUAGACUCUGCUGCUGCUUGCCCUUCUGGUGGUGUCACCUUCACGGAAGAAAUGAUCACCUGGCAGCUGCCCAUCCGAAUCUCUCCUCUACUUUCCUCUAAUUCCCCCACCAUUUUUGAGCUCCACAUGGGAAUUGAAGGCAAAAGGCUGGAUGCUUCAAUAAUGGCAGCUAGGAACUACAAACUGACAAAGACUAAUUCUCACCUCAUUGUUGAAAUUCCAGUGGGGUCAGUUGAUGGUUAUUACAAGAGUCAUGUAUUCGAUUAUCAGUACUACAUCACUUAUAAUAUUGAACCCAUGCUGGAGGUGCUAUGGAGGGAAGAGGCAAUGUAUGAUGACACAAGAUACAAGGUUCUCUUUCCCAUAAUCACCCCACCUAUGGCCAGACCACCUUUUAUCCAGGACUACACUGUUGGUGAGAAUAGAGUGUUUGACCUCUUUGUGGGGAGCUUCCUAGCUGAUGUAGAUCUGGUCAACAUCUCAUUUACAAGUGGUGUGAUGUCUGUUGCUGAGGCUAAUGCACAAGGAUUCAAUGUACAGGAGCACAUGUUGCCCAAUGGCUUCAAGGGCUACUCGCUGCAAGUGCCUUUCUCUGACCCUGUUGUACACCAAGAGAACUCUGCUGUGGAUGUCACAGACAACAUCUUGCUUGUGACUUUUGGCUUUGUCACCCUACCGGAAAAUGCCCCCUUCUCUCACCCAGGAAUGCUUAAAGCCAGCCUACAGGAUAUUGUUUUGCCCAAUGUGGUUGGGACCUGUGACCAGAAGUACUUCUAUAUCACUGUGGCAUAUGGAAGCCAAGGCCAUAAUUUUGAUACUGUGGUGGGCCAGAGGAAACUUUCACCGGACAUCGCAGAAGAGCAUAGAUAUACACAGAAUGACACCCACUUCAGUAUCACUGUCCAUUUUUUGGCUCAGGAUGCUGCAUUUGAGAUGGUUUGGGCAUCUACACUCAGAAGCAGGUUAAAUGUUGUUCUGAGGAAUUCUGUUAAUGAUUGGAAUCUCAAAGAUUUCUCCCUAUCCUGCAGCUUCCCCAUGACCAUGACUGAAUGCUUCUCUAAUGGAACAAUGACUGCCCUGGCUGUGAAAGUGGAAUCUGUACCAGACCUAGACAUGUCUCAACUGACUCUGAAAGAUUCCCGGUGUAAACCUGCCUACAGUGACCACAUUUUUGCUUUAUUCUCAUUUGGUGUGAGCACUUGUGGGACUACUAGAAAGUUUACCAACCACCACAUGAUCUAUGAAAAUGAAGUGUCCCUAGGAAGUAGGAAGGCCAUCACUGCUGCUGACCAGUAUCUGAUCAUGGUUUCCUGCUACUAUGGGAUCAAUGACACCUACACACUGCCAUUUGGUACCAUGCCAAACCCUGAACCUGUUGUGGAUGCAGGCAUGGGUGUGUUUAUAGUCAGAAUGCAGCUUGCCCUAGAUUCAUCAUAUUCAUUCUUCUACUUGGAAGAGCAUUACCCAGUUGUGAAGUACUUGAGAGAGCCUCUGUAUUUUGAGGUGCAGCUGAUGCAAAACACAGACCCACAAGUGGAACUGUCCUUGGAGAACUGUUGGGCCACUUCUGCAGAGGAAAGGACUUCUGUUCCUAAGUGGGACAUUAUAGUGGAUGGGUGUGAGAGUCUUGCAGACUCCUACCAUACCAUUUUCCACCCGGUCUCAGCGGAUGCCAGAGUACACUUCCGUAGUCACUUCAAACGCUUUGAGGUCCAGAUGUUUACAUUUACAUCAGAGGGUGUAGCUCUGAAGGGACCGGUCUUUGUCCACUGUGAUGUUAUAAUUUGUGAGGCCACCAGCCCCGCAGAUGGCCUCUGCAGCAGAGCAUGCAUAAACAAACCAACCAUGAGUACUGCAUCAAAGAAAGCUCGCAGGAGUACAGGGAAUGUCCAUAUGGAACCGGUGUCAUCUGGCAAAAUUGUCCUGAUCUAGAAGCACCUUGUCUCCUGGCAAACAUGGGUUGACGUGCCAGUUGACAAAUUUAAACCGUUCAACAUGUGUAUGCAAUCCAAAUAAACCUUAAACUAUAUUAUGA